UUCACGUACGCAGCAGACUAUCCCGAGAAGAUUCUCCUCGCAUGUGUCAAAUUUCUUGGGCGAUGCCCCUGUCCUCGCUGUCUCGUCAACAAGGACAAGAUUGACAGAUUGGGCAACAGAGCAGACCGACGGCAGCGGGAAAAAGGUAUACGAGUUGACGAUCGUCACCGCCAGUCCAUGAUCGAACGUGUGCGUGAAUUCAUCUUCAAAUUGGGCCGCAGUGUUGUCAGUACUUUCGUCGAG